CUCUGGCGGAGCUGAGCGCGGCGAUGCGCGGCCGCGCCGAGUCGUGGCCGGGGAAGCCGGCGGCGGUGCGGGAGCGCCUGGCGGCCCUGGCCGGCUGCGCCCCCUUCGACGUGCGCUUCCGCAAGGACCACGCCCUGGUGGGCCGCGUGUUCGCCUUCGACGCCUCGCCCUCGGGGCCGCCCGGCGUGGAGGAGUUCGAGCUGAAGCUCUUCGCCGAGUACCCGCGGGGCUCGGGCAGCGUCUACGCCGGGGCGCUGGGGCUGGCGAGGAGGAUGUGGCGGGACUGCCCGCGCCAGCCGGGCAAGGCCAUCUCCUCGGGGUACAAGUACCUGGAGUACGAGAAGCGCCAGGGCAGCGGCGAGUGGCGCCUGCUGGGGGAACUCUUCACCGAGGCCGUGCGCUUCUUCCGGCACCCGCCGGCGCCCGAGGCGCUGCCGCAGCAGCACCACCAGCACCACCAGCACCAACAGCACCAACAGCAGCGGGUGCCACCACCCCAGCACCAGCAGCAGCAGCACCCAGCGGUGCCGCGGCGUCGCCGAAAGGCCUCCCCGGAGCCGCCCGAGGAGGAGCCGCCGGCACAGCGACAGCAGCAGCAGCAGCAGCAGCAGCAGCAGCAGCAGCAGCAGCAGCAGCCCCCCGAGGGCACCGCGGUGGGCACGGCAGGGCUGGCAGGGGGCCUGAGCUGCGGGCUGUGCCGGCGGCGCCUGGAGGACACGCACUUCGUGCAGUGCCCGGCCGUGCCCGCCCACCGCUUCUGCUUCCCCUGCGCCCGCCGCGCCAUCCGCGCCCGCGGCGCCGGCGCCGACGUGCACUGCCCCAGCGGGGGAAGGUGCCCCCUGGCAGGGUCGGGGCUGCCCUGGGCGUUCAUGCAGGGGGAGAUCGCGGCCAUCCUGGCCGGGGAUGUGAGGGUCAAGAGGGAGAGGGACCCCUGAGGGGCCCCCUGCCCCGGUGUGACCACCCCUGUCCUGGCUGGGGACGUGAGGGUCAAGAGGGAGAGGGAUCCCUGAGUGACCCCUGUCCUGGUGUGACCACCCCUGUCCUGGCCGGGGAUGUGAGGGUCAAGAGGGAGAGGGACCCCCAAGUGACCCCUGAGGGACCCCAAGUGACCCCUGAAGGACCCCCUGCCCACCCC